GUUUCCCUUCGAAGUGGCUCCCCCGCCUGAGGAGGACUACAGCCUCUCGCAGCAGCCAUCGCAGCUCCCGCCCACUCAGGUGUGGUCCAAGGCUCCACAAUCCUGGCAGACACCCAAGACCUGCCAUGCAGCCAUGGGGCACCAGCAAGUGUGCAGGAAACCUUGGGGCCAGCGGCUCAGCCAUGCACCACAGAGCCAUCAACAGGUACAUGGUCACUACACUCCAGAGCAUAGCCUCACCCAGGGUCACCAGACAGAGGGCCACUUCUACCACCAGGACCAGCUGUGCACUGCUGAUGAGCAAGAGGAGCAAGCAAGGGAUCACCAGACUUACCAGAAAGGACUUGGUGCUCAUGGUCAUCAAGUUCACCCAGGUCAAGUCAUGCAGCAUCAGGCCACUCCAGACCACCAGAUCUACACAGGAGCCUCACAGAAUCACCAGGUGCACCAGGCUGUGAAUCACACUACACAGGGUCACCAAGUACAGCUGACUUCAGCAUCUUGUCUGAGCAGCAGUGGCAGGGAGACUUCUGCUUCAGGAAACCAGCAGGGAAAUACUUCAGAUAGUGGCAUGCUGAGGCCUGUGGCAGAAAUACCUGCCCAGUACAGGUCCCUCUUCUCCCAGUUUCCCUUCUUUAACAUUGUCCAAUCCACAGUGUUUCCUGAUGUGUUUGAGUCUGAUCGCUCAGUGGUGGUGUCAGCUCCCACGGGCUCAGGAAAAACUGUGGUGAUGGAGCUAGCUUUGGUGCGGCUCCUCAUAACUCGAGACCGUAAUCAUCCCAGUGAUCCUCCACCCCAGCCAGCUAGGGUGGUGUACAUGGCACCCAUGAAGGCACUGGUGACAGAGAGGUACUUGGACUGGCGACAGCGACUGGCACUGCUCAAUCUUACGUGUGCUGAGAUCACUGGUGACACCGAGCAUGAUGACAUUACUGUCAUCAAGAACUCACAGGUGAUACUGACCACGCCGGAGAAGUGGGACUUUCUCACCCGCCGCUGGAGGGACCAUGCCUCCCUCAUGCAGGCAGUGUCUCUCCUCCUCAUUGAUGAAGUGCAUGUGCUGAGUGAUGAGGGUCGUGGGCCAACCCUGGAGGCUGUGGUGUCCCGCAUGAAGACCAUCCGAGCCACCAGGCCCUCACAUGGAAACUCAGAUGCAUCACCCAGGCUCAGGUUUGUGGCAGUGUCAGCAACAAUUCCUAAUGUUGAGGAUGUGGCUGCCUGGCUUUCAGAUGAUCCUGCUCCUGCAGUCUUUCACAAACUAGAGGAGAGUCUGCGGCCUGUCAAGCUGCGACGAGUGGUGCUGGGCUAUGACUGUCGGGACAACUGGACAGAGUUCCGCUUUGAUAUCUCACUUAACUACCGACUUUCUGGUGUUAUUGCCAACUACAGUGAAAAUAAACCCACACUAGUUUUUGUAUCAACAAGAAAGGCAGCUCAGUCCUCUGCCACCACCCUGGCCAAGGAGGCACGGCUCAUACGAGAUGCAGCACACAAGCAGCUUCUCACCACUGUUGCUAAUGGACUCAGGGACAACAAGCUCAGAGAGUGUGUGAUGUAUGGUGUUGGGUUCCACCAUGCUGGGCUGGUGAUGGGGGACAGAAGACAAGUGGAGGAGCUGUUCAUUGCCAGUCAGUUGCCUGUCCUUGUGGCUACAAGCACCUUAGCGAUGGGAGUUAAUUUGCCGGCACAUCUAGUCGUUGUUAAGUCCACCACACAGUAUGUAGGGGGAGCCUAUGAAGAAUACUCCUCUGCUCAACUCCUUCAGAUGACAGGCCGUGCUGGAAGGCCCCAGUUUGAUACCCAUGCUACUGCUGUCAUCAUGACCAAGAGUAAACAUAAGAUUAAGUAUGAAAACCUGCUUUCAGGACGCGCUCAUCUUGAGUCCCAUUUGCACCUCCACCUGGCGGAACACCUGAACGCUGAGAUCGUGCUGGGGACCGUGACAGACCUGGGAGUGGCUGUGGAGUGGCUGCGGUCCACCUUUCUGUAUGUACGAGUGCAGCACAACCCUCGGCACUACGGCCUGCCUGAAAACCUCAAGCAGGCACAACUGGAGGCUAGAUUACAAGAAAUGUGUACGAAAGAGGUGAAUGCGCUGGCCAGGGCGGGGGUCAUUCUACUAAACGAAGUUGACAUCAAGCCUACAUUACCUGGCAGACUCAUGGCUCGCUAUUGCGUUUCCUUCAGCACCAUGAAGACAUUCCUGCAGCUGAGUGGGCAGGAAAGCCUCAGGGAGCUGGUGGAAAUGAUAUCCGCCUGCCAGGAAUUCUAUGACAUGAAGGUGCGGGUGUCGGAGAAGAGGGUGCUGAACGAACUGAACAAGAGUCAGACAUCGGCCAUUCGCUUUCCCAUCAAGGGCAAGAUCAAGACACGGGACCACAAGAUUAACUGCUUGGUGCAAGCCACGCUGGGCAGUGACAACAUUGUGGACCCGGGUUUGAGUCAGGAAGCGGGGAAGAUAUUCCGCACCGGACAGCGGCUCACCAAGUGCCUGGCAGAGUACAGCGUUUCGCGGAGCGAAUAUGAACUGGUCUUGAACACACUGCUUCUGGCCAAGUGCUUCAGCUGCCGUCUGUGGGAGAACAGCCGCUUCGUGACUCGCCAGCUGGAGCGUAUCGGCCCUGCCUUCAGCACUGCCUUCGUUCAGUCCAAGAUCACCUCCUUUGCUGCUCUGGAGGCCGCUUCCCCCAGGGACAUCGAACUGAUACUGAGCCGCCAGCCGCCCUUCGGGAACCGCAUCCAUGACCAGGCGACCAAACUGCCGCGCUAUGAGGUGACUGUGGAGCAGCUCAACCAGGUGAGUCGCGAGAAAAGCGACCUGCGGGUGACGGUCAAGCUAGCGAACCAGGAGGCGCUGAAGGACGGCUCCACCACACCCAAACACCACGCCUGCCGCCUCCUGCUGGGCAGCACAGACAAUAGGGUCAUUUUCCAGCAGAGGAUCACGGACGCCUCACUGAAGGAGUUUGGGUCAGUGAGUCGCGUGGUGAACGUCAAAAGAGCUGAGGCUGGAGACGAAUUGGCUGUCAACUUCAUCUCUGAGACCUGGGUUGGGUUGGACGUUCAGAGCACCUACACACCACGCUACCUCCCACGCCCCACGACCAGCAUCAAGGCCACCGCCACCACCACUACUUCCAUCAAGAAUAAAGAUUACGAUGACAACACUACCGCCACCAGCACCAGCGGGGACUCUAGCAUGAGGGGAGAAGGGGAGCGGCGUGCCUGUCUCCACACCUGUGGGGACAAACGUAAUUGUGCUCACACCUGCUGCAAGGUCGGGGUGGUGAGUGCGAAGGGGAGCAGCGGCCGUGGAGACGUGCCAGCUGUGGUGCAAGAAGUGAGGAAGAGAACCACACACCUCCCCGACACACCUGUCAAGAAGCUCAAGAGUAAUAUGGGCAUUUCGCAGUUCCAGUACAAGCCAACACGCCCUACUAUGUUGAUGGCCCCGCCGGCCCAAGCCAGCAGACAGCAGACCUUCACUCCCUACCCUGAAGCAUGCCACCAAGACGGGAACCAGACCAAGAGCUUUGCUGGUGCCGCCACAGCAAUGCUUCACGGACACCAACGAGAAAAUCUUCAGACGGAGGACCUCAUAACUGACGAUGUCCUGAAUGACUUUGAGAACGAAGUUGACUUCACACAGGACAUGGAUGACUUGAUGGACGCAGAGGCUAUGGAAGCUUUCUUAAUCGACUUUGAGAAGGAGAAUCUCCCGGAAGAAUACGUGGAUGCCUUUGACGAGCCUCUGGAGGUGGAGGACAUUCAGGGUACAACUGAAGACACGCCACACACUUCAUGGCCUCAACACUACCAGAACCACACCCUCCAAGCAGCCACUAGGCCAGGGCCUCACCAGCCUGUGACGCCAAGACCAGAACUGAGGCCGAUCAGACCCUCACAGGCUACAUGCAGUCAGACUCUGUGGGCACAACGACAAGGAAUACAGAUGACCCAAGCUCAGAGGUGUCAGAGGCCACGGGGCUACGCCAGGCAGGAUCAAGGUACGGUUAGACCCGCAGCGAAGAGCACCACCCAGACCACCUUGAUCCAGUGGCUGCAGAACAGCCAGAAACACGCGCCAUCUCCACAUACUCAGACAAAUCAAGUUCAGACACCUGGUGUGAGACAGAUCCAGACCACCAUGCGACCAGCGUCCCCGCGAAUCACUCAGAAUCAGCGGCUUCAAGCGUCAGCCAAAGUAUUGACUAACCAGAGUCAGCGCUGCCUCAGACCUGCAGAGGUAGUUACCAGUCAGAAUCAGUGGUCUGUCAGGCCUGCUAGAGUGAUGCCCAGUCAGAGUCAGCGUCUCCUUACGCCAGCAGGAACACUGGCUAGUCAGAACGGGCAGCCUGUCGUGGCUGCAGGAGUAAUUGUUAAUCCGAAUCCACGUACUAUUAGACAAUGUCCACCUAUAAGUCAAAAUGUAGAGCCAUUCAAGCAUGCAGGGGCAAUGGGCAGAGGACGUAUGCCACCUCCUAGAUCUACUGUAACACUAAGCAGUCAAAAUGCUGAACCUUCCAGACUUGUAAGACCACAGGUAGCCCACACUCUCCGACCAACUUACACUACAGCAGCUCAGGUACAUCAGAGGCGAGAUCCGGUUCCAGAAAUGGUCGAUACUCAAGGUGCUUUUCCUCCAGAAUAUGCUUCACAAAUUACAGAGUCUGUGCAAGACAGCCAACAAGCAAUCAGAGGACCAUUACGUGCGCCAAUGUAUCUCGUCGCUCCCACUCAGAGACCACCUAAUACCUACGGAGCUGGAGGGCCGGCCAGCCACGCCUCAGUACCUAACACACAGGUGCCUCACACUGUGUAUCAAGAGGUUAAACUGGCUGGACAGUUGCAGAAUGUCACCGAGCCCAUGACAUGGCAGGUUGCCCAGGUGGAGAAUAAAAGGCAGUGGCUGUCAGAAAGUGAGGCUGAGCUGGAAUAUAAAGCAUGGAUGCCCACUAAUAUUUCUCAAAACCACCAGCCAGCCAUAGAGUUGUCUUGUAGUGGUGUGCCUUUCCCUUCAGGCUCAGUAGCGAGGCCCACACACAUCUCCGGGGCACCUUGGCACUGGCAGAAUCAGCAGCAGGAACAACAGCCCCACCAGCAAGCAGCUGAUGGAGGUGUGUGGAGCUCACAGUCGAUGGAAGCACCGCCGCGGGCCCUACAGACGGGGAUCAGCAGUCUAAAACAGUGUCGCUCGCCGGCUUCUGACGUGGAGGGUUCUUUCGUCAAUCAUCCUCCAUCCACCUCACACAACGAUCUCCCUACUCCCCAGACUAUCACCACGGACACGGCCUUCACCUCACUUGAAUCUGAAUACCAAAACAGUGUUGCCUCCACCAGAAGCCGCUAUCGUUACUCGUCUAAUAUAAUGCAGUUGCCGGCACUGUCAAAGUCACCCACGCAGCAGAGUGAAAGCGUUGCCUUGCAUGUCAAGCCCGUGGUGGGGAUCAGGCCAAUGGUUUCAGAUGCGGAAAAAAAGAAAAAGCAACCAGACCCCUUCUCUCACCUGACGAAGGAAUGGAGUGAAAUGCAGAGAGGGAAGUGCAAGGGUAAGCUGAGCAACAUCUACUUCCCCAAACCUUCGCCACGGCCCUUGGAAAGAGCAAGGACUUCUGUUCCAUCCCCGACUACUUGUAAGAGCAAUGAUGACUGGAAGGACCUGGAGAUGUUCCAGUGGUGUCGCCAGCAAGAAAAACUAGCGUUACAUUCUCUGUACCAGCGGGAGGCACCGGCCGAAGCUCAGUACCCUCCCAGUGAUAUGUCACAGGACCACCCCGUCCCUGACCGGGCUCCCUCUGCCUCGCGGCCGCUGCCCCAGACCAGCAACCUGCAGAUUACUUACGACAACGGCAGCCAGGGUCCUGUGGUGGGCGUGGGGUUGAGUGGAGUGGGCAGUGCCCGGCAGAACAUCAAAAUUAAUCUGUCCAGCCUUGAUAUGGUCGCUGCAGCUAACACACAGGACGUUGAGGAGCCGCAGGUGCGGGGCAUACUCAAGAAACCCACGCAGAGCGCCUGGUGUGUUCCGGACAUCUACGAGGGCAUCACGUGAAGGGCGCCGCGGUGUGGCGGCGGCGGCAGCGGCGGUGGCACGUUAGUAAAGGAAAGCUGAGUCUGCACGUCACCUCCCGGCAUGCUCUCCGUUGGACUGUCAAGGUA